UUGCUGCUGCUGCAAGAUGCUGGUGUUGCCGUGACGAUGAUAUCCUCCCCCUCCCACACACACACACGCAGACUUACACACACACAUAUGAGAAGGAGAGGCAGCAAACAGGACGAUAUGACGCGGUGGCUUCAGGCUGGAAAACAGACGUUAUGCUGAUGGACUGGAAAAAACAUGGAACCAUUGGAUUCUGUCCUCAGUCUGAACCCUCUGUGAAUUAAACCAACAUCUUCCUUUUCCGAACAAAUCAGACCUGCGGGGCCUCUCAUACUUUACAGUUAUCUGUUUCUGGUAUUUCAAGAGACAAAUAUUACCCUGGGACGUGACAACAUGGAAGUAGAAGAAUGUUUUUGGAAAAUAUUUUGAGAUUUUGGGUGUUACCCUCUCUGCAGCAGAGAAACCAAGAAAAAAAAAGCGGAUUUACUAAAAAAACAGACCUACAUCUUAAGGUGAUAGACUUCAAAAGACUUCUUGAGAUUCACCUUGUGCCAAGAUAAAUCUGAAUGUUUCUCUCUUCCUCUUGAAUGUAUGAUGGAGUAAACAAGAGACGAGAGAGUUACUCAAGCAAACGACACAAAAACCAAGAAGUAAGCUCUGCGUCUGAACAGAAAGCCCCUUCUCCUGGCUGCAGUGUGGAGUAAGGGGUGUGUUCGGAGGUUCACCCCCACCAGCCUGCUGCUUGCAGAUGGAGGCCCACCAACACUCCCCAGAUAGCAGCAGUGAGGAGUGUACCGUCCUGGAGGCUCCACCCAGCAAAAACACAUGCCUGCAACAUGCAGCGAAGGUGGCUGAUCUGUACUGUUCAGCCUGCGAGUGUCCGCUGUGUGAGGACUGUGUGUCGGAGCAUGAAGAGCACCCUCAGGUGCCCCUCAGCCAAGCCCUGGAGCAGCACCGCAGCAGGCUACAGGAGAGGCUGGAGAACGUCCAGACAAGACUCCCACAGAUUGCAGAUGCACUGUCUUUUGUUAAAGAGAUCCUCCAGCAGCUGACCAAUCAGAGGGCUUCCAUUGAAGAGGACAUCCAGUCCAGCUUUGAGGACCUGCAUAAGCAGCUGGACGUUCGGAAGAGUGUCCUGCUGAUGGAGCUGGAAGUCACAUAUGGACUCAAACAAAAGGUCCUCCAAGCCCAGUUAGAUAGUCUUGUCCGAGGAGAUGGGGACAUCUCAGCCACCUGUACCCAGACGGAGGAAGCUCUUGCUGGAGAGCCGUGUGUGGCAAACCUGCAGGUGGAACGUGAGCUGGGGGACAGGUUAGGUGAACUUGUGCGCUGUGGUUUGCCGUGUCAGCCGGAGGAGAAUGACCAGCUGGAUCUGGUGAUGGAGACAGAUGGACUAAGGAAGUCCAUACACAACCUGGGAACCAUUGUCACAACCAGUGCGGUGGCAAGCCAGAGCGAAGCCAUGGGUCUUGGCCUGGAGCAGUGCGUUGUGGGACAUCCUGCCUCCGUUACCAUUGUAACAAGAGACAAGUCAGGGGGAGCUUGCAAAAGUGGUAACGCAAUCCUGUCAGCUGAGGUAUUUACCCCAGAUGGCAGCAUAGUAGACGGUGAGAUUGUGGAUCACAAGAAUGGGACGUAUGAGUUUGUGUAUACAGUGCCAAAGGAAGGCGAUUUCUCGCUGGCUCUUCGUUUGUACGACCAGCACAUAAAAGGAAGUCCCUUCAAACUGACCAUCACCAAGGCCUUAGAGGCAGAGGUGGGUGGAGCCACCUUGGAAUUUGUGUCUCCCUCCACCACAACAGCAACCAAUUCAGCUGCCAACGCCACCCCGUCCACAGGCUCCUCUGAGGGGGUCAAGAGACGAGGCAAGUCUCCUGGCCAGAAGAAGAAGGGCUCCAAGAGGGCUAGUAGCGCCCUGGGCACUCCGCGACGGAAAACUCAGAACCCCAUCGAGGAUGACCUCAUCUUUAGGAUUGGAACAAAAGGAAGGAAUAAAGGCGAGUUCACCAACCUUCAAGGAGUGGCCGCCUCCUCCAGCGACAGGAUACUGAUAGCUGACAGCAACAAUCAGUGUGUUCAGAUUUUUUCCAAUGAGGGGGAAUUCAAGACUCGUUUUGGGGUGCGUGGAAGAUCGCCGGGGCAACUGCAGCGGCCAACAGGUGUAGCUGUGCACCCAAGUGGUGACAUCAUCAUUGCUGAUUAUGACAACAAGUGGGUCAGCAUCUUCACCUGCGAGGGCAAGUUUAAGGCAAAACUUGGCUCCGGGAGACUCAUGGGGCCAAAAGGCGUGUCCGUGGACCAAAACGGUCACGUGAUUGUGGUUGACAACAAGGCGUGCACAGUUUUCAUCUUCCAGCUGACUGGAAAACUUAUCACCAAGUUUGGGAGUCGGGGCAACGGUGACAAGCAGUUUGCAGGUCCACACUUUGCAGCGGUGAACAAGAACAAUGAAAUCAUUAUAACAGACUUCCAUAACCACUCUGUGAAGGUUUUCACCCCUGAGGGAGAGCUCGUGUUGAAAUUUGGCUCAAAUGGAGAAGGAAACGGCCAGUUUAAUGCUCCCACUGGUGUAGCUGUGGACGUUAAUGGAAACAUUAUCGUAGCUGACUGGGGAAACAGCCGAAUACAGGUGUUUGAUGGCAGUGGCUCCUUCCUGUCCUAUAUCAACACUUCAGCAGACCCUUUGUAUGGCCCACAAGGUCUGGCUCUGACCUCAGACGGACACGUGGUGGUAGCUGACUCCGGAAACCACUGUUUCAAAGUCUACCGCUAUCUACAAUGAUAAAGACUUGGAUAGAAAUGGUAAAGUGGAAACAGGAGGGAGGUAGAGAAGGGAAGCAGUUGUUACAAUGGGGAGAUACAGUGCACAACGUCUAAUUCCACUCAUCACUGCAUGAACCUGUACCAAGGGAUGGAGAGAAGUUAAGAAAUGCCAAGGAAAAUGUUGGCUUCCAUCACUACAUUAUGAGUAACUUGGUGAAAAAAAAUCCACUCCAUCAUCUUGAUGAAGGAGAUCAUUAAGUGCAGAUAAUUUGAUGGUCUCACUGACAAAUGGGAUGCAAGAAUUAGGUAAGUAAAGACAGUCGUGUAACACCGGAGUAUUACUGUCAACUUCAAGGGGUCCCGGCUCUCCCAAGUUUGGCUCAGGUGGAUCAAUGGAUGAUAGAACAGAAAAAGGCUUUACAAAGAAAAGUGGAUGCAAGAGGAUACAAUGAAAAUGUUUUCCGAAACCACUGCUUCUCCGAUAUCCGAUUUUGUGAAUGUUGGAUGAAGGGAUCCGACAAAUAUCAAAGGCAUGAAAUUUGAUGAGAAUAAGCUGGAAUGUUUAAAGUUUUCUAAUGUUCUGCCUUGUCGUGUUGUAUGUAAUAGACAAAAUGAUGGCCAGUGAGCUAGAAGAGGUCCAUGUCUAUGGCAUGCCACGUUAUUAUGGAUUUUGUACAACAGUUUAAGCAGAAAAAAGGUAUAAAUUCUGAGAGCUUUCCAUGAUGCCCUUGAAGAAAAGACUUAUCUUUAAACUGAUCCAGCAGUAAAAGGACUGGACUUGUGCUGAAAAUUAGAAUGUUGAAAUGUCUGUUUGUAUUUACCAUAACUAAAUAAAGGUAAAACACACACACACACACACAAAAAACCCCUUAUAAAUGAGGUGUCAUUUUUCUUUUAGGGAUCAAGUAGUGGUCAUCUCGUCCCCUCAUGGCCCCAGAUGACGAUCCAAAUGACCCCUGCUUCUUGAUUCCUAAAUGAAAAGGGUACCUUACGAAGCGAAAACGAAGGUGUAGGCUUAAGUGGAGGAAUAAUGUUUGGCCCAUAGACAUGGACCACUUUUAGUUUCAUGUGCAUUUUUGUACAUUAGGAUUGUUUGAAUAUGGAAUGUUUAUUUUUCUCUCCAUGCACCAGUAUUCUUUACAAACCUUAGACAUCAGACUAAUUAUUUCAAAGAACUGCUUCAAAGAUUGUCUGGAUUGACAUCGCUUCGAUAAGCAGAAUCGUCCGUGCUCAGUUUGUGUGUUCAUAUUUUCUUGACAAAAAUGGAAAAAAUAAUCUCUAUGAAUCUGUUCUAUAUAUUCCAGAGAAACCCUUUAUUAAUAUGUGAAAAUUUCUAAUCAGUAUAUUUGGGAUCAGUGACAUUAUAGAUGUGUCCCAAUUCAGGGUCUGCACACUUCGAAGGGCGGAUUCUUCGGCUACAUACGUCGUCGCGGUAUGCCAAGUACUGUCCCAAUUCACAGAAUUUGAAGGAGCCUCCGAAUCCCCCCUUGAAAUCCACACUUUGGCCUCAAACGAAGGCUGCUGGUGAUGCAUCCUUCGCGGCCUUUUUUCUCCCAUAAUUCAUUGCGCACAAGAUGGUGGCGAGUCGCCAACCGAGUUCAGAAGAGUACAUUUUAGGUGUCAGUAAAGUUUUUGUUAACUACACUUGAGUAGAAAUGUUACAAAACCAACUACAUUAAAACCAUGUUUGUUAAAUGGUGACAUUAAAAUUUAGUAUUUGUGGAUUUUUAAGGGGUUAAUGACGUGUGUACCAGCUGGAAAACAACAGAGCCUCAGACCAUUGUUUUUUUUUUUUUUUUUUUUAGUGUCGUUAUUACCGGUUGGUGUUAAUGUUCACUUAAGUGUCCUAUGAGUAAUUUCAGAGGUUUAAGUGAUUCAACAUCCUAUGUUGUUGCUAUGGGAAAUUCUUUUUGGCUAGUUAGGCUGUCCCAUUUCACGAACGUUAAGUGGAAGUGUGUAGACUACGGAGGACACUCUGUAGCCUAGACCCUGAAUUUGGGACACACAUUAUUACACAUUCCUUUCUGCUGUCUCGGUAACGGUAACCAAGAAGCAUAGACUUCGACAACGCUCUGGUUCAUCUUUCAUAGAAGAAGAAAGAAAUCAGAAAUCCAUGACAUGCUGCUGCCUGCUUGUACUCUUCCAUGUUACAUAAUUCCUCAGUGCUUUUGGAAGCAUGCUUCUGCUUGUCGACAUCAAAUACAAGCAGACCAUUUAGGAAACAGAUACCCUGCAGAACUGAUCUAAUGUAAUGCAGAGAUGUAAUGAUAAGCUGUCUUUGUUUUUUAAUGCUGUGAAAUUUCAAGAUUGAUCCUUUAUUUAACAAUGGGCAAUAGUGUGUACAAAUAGUCUAAUGGUUAAAAAAGAAUUAGGCAAGUGCUGAUGAAUAGAAAUGGGGUGUAGAGGACAUGUAAACAUCAUUGGAAAAGUGGCAAGUGGCAAAAAGACACUUUAAUCAAUAAUUGGCUCUCCUGAAACCAUGGAAAACUCAAAUUUAGGAGGAAAUCUUAAUUUUAUUUAUAAAAUUCAUUGCAAAAAAUAACAGGGCAACAUGGAUUGCUACAGUUGAAAAAUUUGUAUAGAAAGUUUCUUCCAAGUUUUUAAACUCUGCUUACGUAAAAUGACGUGGGCCCUAUAGCAUAAUGGCCCAUAAUUGUCCCAAAAACUAGGUAAAACUGUUCAUAUAAAACCAGAAUCAACCAGACUCUCUAUCUUGCUUCUUUGAUUCUGCAUAAUGCAGCUUUGACUUGUGACCAGGCAUCCAGGCUUUUAUUUUAGUCAUUGUUUUGAGUGUGUAGUAGAUAAAUUAUAUAUCAGCAUCAGAAACACCAACAUUUUGCCUGAUGUUAAUGUCCCACUAUGUCUGUGGAAGGUUUUUUUUUUUUUAAAUAAUUUUUUAUUAGUCCCACAGUGGGGAAAUUCUUUCUCUGCAUUUAACCCAUCCUAGUUGCUAAGAGCAGUGGGCUGCCAGAUUCCACUGCCUGGGGAGCAGUCGGGGGUUAAGGGCCUUGCUCAGGAAGCCACAGUGGUUUUUACCUUAGUUGACAGCCCAAGUACUUGAUCCAAGGUUCUCCAGACCCAAGCCCACCUCUGUAACCACUAGGCUACCACAUACAAGACCAACAGCCUCUAAUUUAAGAUAAUUAUCACUUGUAGUUCUAUGACUAUUGGGAUGGCCUUGUUGCAUAUUUUGCCACUUGGGUUGGGAGGCGCAUCUGUUUAUGGAACCAUGAUUUUGCUGCAUUUCCUUGAUUUUCUUCAUGACACUCAAUGAAAAUGUUAACGUGGCGUAUUUCUGUGGGAGCUUUCUGUCUUGCUUUCACCAUGUUUGUGUAUUUCAUUGAUAGGGAAGUAUUCAUCACCCAGAAACUUAACAUUAAAAAAAAAUACGUUUUAAAAAGUAAUGGGACAAACAGGAAAUUAACUUCUUUCAUGUAAUUUCAUGUGACUGCAUUUGCAAAGUCGUGUCACAGUUCAAGAAUAAGUGGAAUAUGUUUCAUGACUGCCAUGAGGCUUUGCUGGUGAAUGCCAUUGGUAAAUUAAUCUCUAUGAGAAUGCAGCAGAUGGAAGAACAGUAACAAAGCAAGCAAAGUACUGAUGCUGGAGACGUUUCCUGUAAACAAAAUACACAUUUUAUGUCCCACUCAUUUGUGUUCUUGUGUGACCUAUUUAUACAUUUGCAGAGCAAACAGUGAAAGUUACACCUGGUGUUUCUAAUUUACCUGCUAUUACUAAAAGUAUAGCAUUGCAUAGUUGUUUCAUUAAAUGGGCUGUCUAGACGCCCAUUUUCCAUAAGCAGAUAUAGAGUGGUGUGUGAAGCAUUCAUGAAUUACUUUUUGGAAAAGUGUUUCUUCAUAAAACAAAUUCUAUAAAGCAUUUACAUCAGUUGAGUAAUAGAUAAUAAAUGCAUUUCAGUUCUAUAAACAUUGAGCUGGACAUUUGUAACAUUUACUAUAAUUAUACACUCUAACCUUGUUAGGUAACAAAUGCUUGCAAUAGAUGUCAAUUUCUCUUUAAGUCUCUUAAGAAUGUGGGAACAAUUACUAAUGCAUUAUUUAAAUCUUGUCAUAACUUUACAUAAUUUAUUACAUUUAUUUAUUAUUUAUUGAUGUAAUUACCCAUUUGAUCCUGCCAUUUGAUUGUGUUCCACCAUGUGCAUUGAAAUUCUGAAGUGCCCGUUUUUUUGUUGUUUUUGUUUUUUUUUAAUAGAUUUAAUCUUGUUGUCUGAAUCAAAAAGUUGUUGUGUUUGUUAUGAAUGGACUAAGUAAUGCUUUAUGAAGACUCAUUUGUCAAAAAUUAAGUUGUCAUCCUUCAGAUGGACAAUAACCAAGCAAACCAGCUUGAAAAACAGUGACUUACCUUUGCAUUUCUCAUUCAAACCAAUGGACAACUUUAGCACAAAGCUAGCUCUAGCUUGUUAGCUAGCUGUAGCUUAAAAUACUGUACAUCUCAAUAAUCUAACACAACUGUUUUAACUUAAGAUUUUGUCACUGUUAAACCAUUAACUAGCUGUUGUUUGUCCGUGCCAUUGGUUUUAAUGGUAAAUGUUCAUUGCUUUUAUGAAAUAGUUCCUAAAAACCGUGAAGCAAGUGCUUGUUUAAUAUAAUUAACAGGCAAAAAUGAACGUUGUCGGAGUCAAAAGAAUCAAUGAUGUUUUUCUAUUUGUGCUGACUGUCUGUUGAAAGUAAAUUUUCUUACUUUGUUUAAUGCCUGAUAGUUCAGAUAAGUCCAAGGUUUUUUACUCACUUGUUGUGAGCUAAGAUAAAAAGUUUUCUGUGCUGUUAAUGGUUUUUAACAAAACCCAGCCAUGUUUCAUUGGCUAAGUUUGCUGGAUUAUCAGCCUUAACGUGAGUAAAAUGAAUGUGGUUACGGUGGAAUUGCUUGCCAUCAUUUACCUUUGAAAUGUAUUGCAAACAACAACAACCUUCAUUUAAUAGUUAAUUUGCAGACCAUACAUCCAGUUUAGGGGAUCUAUUUUCAGUAACAAGCCAGAAAGUAUGCCUUUAAAACAAAUGAUUGUUUUUAUUUUUCUCAAAUAUAAACGUGGUGUUUUUAAUGUACUGAUCAGCUUCAAACAGUGUCACUUGCCUGCUCUUUCUCUCUUUGUAAGUACCGUAUGCCAUGUCUGUUCACUGUUAAGGUCAAUCUCUAAAUAUUCACACAUACUCAAUACUGAAAUAAAACAUUGAUUCCUAAAUGGCA